AUGUUGAGGGCUUGUGUUCUAGAUCAGCCGGCGAUCUGGGAUCGGUAUAUGCCACUAGUGGAGUUUGUGUACAAUAAUAGAUACCAUGCGAGCAUCGGAAUGGCUCCAUAUGAGGCUCUGUAUGGGAGAAAAUGCAAAUAUCUGCUAUGCUGGAUGCUCACUACUCAGAGCCAUCAGAAGAGUUACGCUGAUCAGAGGCCGAAGCCCUUAGAGUUUGAGGAAGGAGACCAUGCUUUCCUUAAGGUUACUCCAAUGAUAGGAGUGGGUAGAGCGAUUAAGACAAAGAAGCUGAAUCCUCGAUACAUCAUCCAGUUAAUGGAAGAUUUGACUCUGCCGGUGACUCCAGUCAGAAUUGAUGAUAUGAGUAUUAAACGGUUGCGUGGGAAAGAGGUUUCAUUAGUCAAAGUGGCUUGGAGUCGUGCCGGUAUUGAGGAUCACACUUGGGAACUUGAGUCAGAGAUGCGAACGGACUACCCGCACCUAUUCUCAGGUAACUGA